AUAUGUGAGAGGUUUAAAGCAUGUGUACGGGGACGUUAGUGGUAUCAAUGACAUUUAAAAAGAAAGUUGUGUAACUGACGACUCAGUCUGAGCGACAGCUGAUUUGAAAUUUAUAUAAGGAUUAUUGUAUCUCUUUUAUUUCUAGUGGAUUUUUAACAGUAUCACACACAAGCGUGAGUAUUUGAUUACAAGUCUGAUUCAUUAUACUAACACUGAUAUAAUGAAAUGAAGAAUAAGAUUCUUCAACAUACAAAACAGCUUAGCACGACGUACAGUAAGCCUAUGUGAGUUUCCCAUUUGUUCCAAGAAGAAAAACAGGAGAUAUUUUGGUUAUAGAAUCUGAACUGUGGUUUGUGUUGCAUUUUUGUUUAAGUUUGGAUGACAUGCCAGUGAACAAACACCAUCGAAAUUCGCGCGCAAUAGGCCUAUAAAGAAAUUCAAGAAGAAACUAUUUAUUCGUUAAAAAAGUGUAAUCAUUGCAUACGGUUAUUUGAAUUGAAACCAGUCUUAUCACACAGAUGCAAUAUUUUGGUCAAGUUCGCCACCCGCUCUUUGCACCUGGGACUAUGGACCCGAUAUACGGGUUCUAUCCGGGUUCGUAUCCAGCGCCACCGCCACCUGGCUUCCAUCCGUCAGGCCAGCCUUUAACAUUAGCCGAACGACUUGCAGAUAUAUUAUUGGAAGCCAAAUACGGGGCACAUCGCAAACAACGUCGAAGCAGGACUGCAUUCACCAAUCAACAACUUUCUACAUUGGAGAAAGCAUUCACCAAGACGCAUUAUCCAGACGUCGUAAUGAGAGAGAAGUUGGCCAUGUGCACAAAUCUACCGGAGGCUAGAAUUCAGGUUUGGUUCAAAAAUAGGCGUGCAAAAUACAGGAAGCAGCAACGCAACCGUUGCGUCGACUCGAACACAGAAGUAAAAUCUGACACCGAAGAGAAGACUCCUCAAGAUGACAUCGAUGUUGAAAGUGAUGAUGCUAGUGAAGAGGAAGACAUCCAAACAGCAGUUACAAUAAAGGAAGAAGUUACGUCAUCCAAUUCUAUUGACGAAAAGCAAUUACCCCCGAAAGAGGUGAAAUCAGAAAUCAAAAAAGAAGAGAAAGAGGACCAAAUAGAUUUUAGCAAAGAACGAGUGGAGAUCAGGAAACGCUCGCUAUCUAACGGUGAUGUGACUUCUGACUCCGAGCAAGACAGCGAAGAACCAAAAACAAAACUUGCUAGAACUACCAGUUCAGCGUCUCCGACAACAGGACCACCUAAGCCGUUUAGUUUCUUAACAGUUCCCGAUCGAAAUGUUAGCUUCUUUGGCGGUAACAUGUUUCACGGACAGCAACAUGGCUUUCCUCGACCAUUCCCUGGGUUUUUCCUCCCACCUAUGCCAGGUUUUCAUCCUACAAUGUCACCUGGUAAAGAUGGCGUCAUUCCCCCAACUACAUUUCAUCCGUACAUGACGUCACUGCCGAAUGAGUUUCAACACACGAGCAUUGAAAGUUUGAGACUACGAGCAAGACAGCACAGCGCAACAAUGGGCCUUUAAUAAGCUGAUAAAUGUUUAGAGCAAUGUCUCCUAGAAGAAAUAGAACAAUGUUUUUAAAAUGUGAUAAAUAAUACAUGUGUUAUAUCCGAAGCAAAAAUAACUUAAUUAAUAUCCUGAUUUAAUCAUUAAACUAUUAUUUAAUUAGUUAAUUAAAAAAAAAUAUAUAUU